AUGUUCGGUCAGGCGCCUAUACGUAGUAUCAUGUUCGGUCAGGCACCUAUACGUAGUAUCAUGUUCGGUCAGGCACCUAUACGUAGUAUCAUGUUCGGUCAGGCACCUAUACGUAGUUUCAUGUUCGGUCAGGCACCUAUACGUAGUAUCAUGUUCGGUCAGGCACCUAUACGUAGUUUCAUGUUCGGUCAGGCACCUAUACGUAGUUUCAUGUUCGGUCAGGCACCUAUACGUAGUAUCAUGUUCGGUCAGGCACCUAUACGUAGUAUCAUGUUCGGUCAGGCACCUAUACGUAGUUUCAUGUUCGGUCAGGCACCUAUACGUAGUAUCAUGUUCGGUCAGGCACCUAUACGUAGUUUCAUGUUCGGUCAGGCACCUAUACGUAGUUUCAUGUUCGGUCAGGCACCUAUACGUAGUUUCAUGUUCGGUCAGGCACCUAUACGUAGUAUCAUGUUCGGUCAGGCACCUAUACGUAGUUUCAUGUUCGGUCAGGCACCUAUACGUAGUAUCAUGUUCGGUCAGGCACCUAUACGUAGUAUCAUGUUCGGUCAGGCACCUAUACGUAGUAUCAUGUUCGGUCAGGCACCUAUACGUAGUAUCAUGUUCGGUCAGGCACCUAUACGUAGUAUCAUGUUCGGUCAGGCACCUAUACGUAGUUUCAUGUUCGGUCAGGCACCUAUACGUAGUAUCAUGUUCGGUCAGGCACCUAUACGUAGUUUCGCGAUCUCUGAUCUGAGAAGAUUCUUCUAUAAAAAAUACUGGUAA